CCUCCCUCCCUCCCUCGGUGCUCUCUCCGUCUCGUCCCGUCCCGUCCCUCCCUCCCUCCCUCCCUCCCUCCCUCCUCUGGCUGCUCCUGCUGCUGCGACUCCCCCUCUGCACCGCCUCUGCCUGCCUCCCGCCCCUCGCCAGCAUCGACGACUCUGAUCUGCGCGGCUCUGCUGAGGACCGGUCUGGACUGGACUGGACUCGAACUGCCACAGGCGCCGCUCAGAGCUUGCGGUUGAUUGCUUGGCUUCGGUGUGCUGUGUGUGCUGUGCGCUGUGAGCUGCGCUGUGCUGUGCUUUCAGAGCAGCAUUGCGGUUGCGACCUUGGCAGGAUUGGUGGAGCUUGAGGUCCCUGUACCGCAUACUCUCCCUCCUGCUCCGCUGCUCGCUUCUCCUUUCGCCACCUGAUUCCAAUAUUUUCCCCUUCUCCUCCCGUCGUCCUUCGCAGCAAGUGCCGCUCCCGUCUCACGCUCUCCUUCCUUCCACACCUUUCCUUCUCUUCUCUCUCUCUCUCUCUCACCACACGGUCCCAAGCAAGACCGCCUGCCUGCCUCCCUCCUCGCUCUUCCCCUGCUGAAGCUGGGCCUGGGUUGGGUUCGAGCUAAGGUGUAUGUAUACGAGACCAAACCGAGCUUAGGUGUUUAUCUGUGUCUGCGUGUACCUCUCGCACACUCUCUCUCUUCCUCUCCCCCUCCCUCUCUUUAUUCUUGUCCUUGUAUCCCUGCACUGCAGCUAUCCAUCGCUAAUGCUGCUGAUCCUGCUGCUGCAUUCUGUCUAGAUCUUUCUCCACCGCAGACCAGCUCAAAUAUUUGAGGCUGCUAGUGUCUCGUCGCUCGACAUUGGAAGAUGCUGGACAUUUUUAUCUGUGCACAGCUUGUUCAUCACGUCAGCUUCUGACUGCGUGCCCAGAGCAGCUAAGCAUUUGCAUCUACUGUCUGAGCUGUUGGAUACCUUUCGGCUGAGCGAGUCGAGUCGAGUCGAGUUCAGCUGAGCUGAGCUGAGCGCACCGCAUGCACGCACCCACUCGCCACUCAUUCUCCAAACUGUUUGUUUCGCCCAGUCUGCUGGAUCACUGGCCUACUCUCGUACGAGAAAAGCGAGAGCUUUCUUCCUCUGCUGUCUUAGGGUAAAGGCAGUCCAAUGCCAGGACUGGACCUUCACUUCUGUCCACAUUCUCACACUUGCUGAAUGUCUCUCCAUUUCUGGUUGAAGAGGCGCUAUUCUUUCCUGGCUCGACGGCCUGUGCGUGCGAUCGCAUCUCGAGAGUGACUGUAUUCACAACCUCGACGAAAUCUGAGAAGGUGCUGACUGUCAGAGUUCAAGAAAAACCAGUCUGUGAAUGUGCGCACAUCCAGCUGAGCCGAGCUGAGCUGCACUGCACGCUGGCUCUGGAAACCAGCUUCAUUAUACCGAGAAGGGAGCAGAGGACGCGCACCAAGAAGUGUUCGAUCGUUAGGUGCAUUAUCUUGCCGGCUUCCCGGUGUAAUAGGGUUGUUCACGGGCGUAUUUCACACAGGCAGGGCUCGGAAAAUCAGGGGAGACAGGAACUGUGGAAGAGCAGCGAGCCAUCCAUCCAUCCAACCGGCAAUCGAGCCAGGAGUGCAGCCAACCAGCAAGCUAUCAAAAGGUGGAGGGCACUUUGAAAUCCUUCUGUACUUCCGCUGACCGAAUUUUCAUCCGAGAGCAGGUUCUGAAAUUCGCACACAACGGGAGGAAUGAAAGGCCGGGAACUCGUAAUUUUGUGGACGCUGGUGGGAACUCUGUUUUUUGGAUCGCUGGAUGCUCAACUGCAAGCCGGAUUUUAUGCUGCGAGCUGCCCCAAUGCGGACAGCAUAGUGAGGGCCACAGUGAUCGCCGGGAUGCAGGCUUCGCAAAUCGUGGGACCCAGUGUGCUGCGCCUCUUCGCUCAUGACUGCUUCGUGAAUGGUUGCGAUGCCUCGAUCAUGCUGGUGGAUCCGGUCGGGAACGUGGAGAAGAAUGCCGGGGACAAUCAAUCCUUGCAACAACUAGCGUUCGACACGAUCAAUCAAGCCAAGCUGGCUCUGGAGCAAGCGUGCCCGGGGAUCGUCUCCUGCGCGGACAUCAUAGCUAUGGCGGCCGAGGUCGUCGUGAAUCAGAUGAGAGGCCCGUCGUGGUCCGUACUUCAGGGGAGGCGGGACGGGCUCACGUCUCAAGCAACCGGCGUCGCAGGGCACUUGCCAGGUGCACAUAUGGACCUGCCCGCGCUGCAGGCAGUUUUCGGAAACAUUGGCCUCGGAGUGCAAGACAUCGUCGCCCUAUCAGGAGCCCAUUCGGUCGGCUUCUCGCACUGCAUCGAGUUCACCGACAGGCUGUACUCGUUCAAUGGAGUGCCCGGGGCGACGGAUCCGAGUCUGAGCCCGGGCUACGCGACGACGCUGCAGGGAAUAUGUCCGAACGGAAACUUCAAUCCGACGACGCUGCAGCCGCUGGACCCGGUCACGGCGGCGCAGUUCGACAAUGUGUACUUCCAGCGAUUGCAAAUCGGCCAGGGCCUGCUGUUCUCGGACCAGAUCCUCUUCGUGGACAACACCACAACCGGGCUGGUUACGACGUACGCCAACAACGAGGCGCAGUUCUUCAACGACUUCGUGAAUUCCAUGAUCGCCAUGGGCAACGCCGGCGUGCUCACCGGCUCGCAGGGCGAGGUGCGGCUCAAUUGCUCCGUAGUGAACGCCGUCGUCAGCAGCCCCCCGGCGCCCGUGGUCCCUCCCCCGACGACCACGCCCACUCCCGUCCCCGUCCCUCCCACCGUCCCCACCCCUGCGGCUCCGGGCCCCGCGGCCCCUGUGCCGCCCGUGGUCGAUCUGACCCCGCCCGCGCCCGUGGUCAUCCCCACCCCGACCGUGCCCACGGGGCCGACCGUGGCGCCGCAGCCCUUCGUUUCUUCCCCUCCGCCUCCGGCGGGCACGUCCUGAACGAGACCGAUCGCACAUUUUUUGGCCGCCUCGCUCGCAGGUGGAUUCGAUGCAUCCCUUACAUGUACCAAUCCUUAUACCUCGUCGUUAGUCUCCCACUCAGUCAGUUCUUCGAAGCAGUCGGUCACGUAGAUUUAGAACGAGUUUAGAUGAGAUCUGAGGGAAUAAAAGUAGGAACGAGCUCAUUAUUUGUCUAAUCGAAACUGUACCAUAUGAUUCAAUAAGAAGAGUAUAUCCUCGCGCGUCCGAAUUUUUCUUACG